UUGGUCUGGAAAUCGGCUGUCAAAUUGACUUUGCGGAGCUGCUUCUGCCUCCCCCUCGCCUGCAAACAAGUUGCGCUAGCAUUUCUGCCACCCUGACCAACCUUGUUACGUACCCUCAAGAUUGUCACCAAAGGGCAGGAACCGACCAGACAAAAAAAUACCCUCCCCCUCCCACCUGCUCCCGUCGCCAAAACCCUCCAUUUACCUCAUCUCCCGUUUCUUUCUUUUCCCCUACACCCCCUCAAGUCGAUCCAUCUCCCUCAUUUCCCUCCUUCUUCCUCUUUCAACUCUCCCAUCCCUCACCAUCACCACAUCAACUCUCCAACUUCACUUCCUUUAUACCCCACCAUCACAGGAAGUCAUCCGCUGGGAGAGUCACCACAUUCACAUAACCACAUUUAGUGAAGAUGCCUUCCGCAACGACCGCUAGCACCAACGGUGCCAAUGGCGCCUCUGCCAGCCCUGCUCCCGCCCCCUCUGCGAACGACAACAUCCGCCGCUUCGCUGCUCCCAGCAGGCCGUUGAGCCCUCUCCCCGCCCAUGCUCUCUUCAACGAGAAGACACGAUGCUUCGUCUACGGUCUGCAGCCCCGUGCUGUCCAGGGCAUGCUUGAUUUCGACUUCAUCUGCAAGCGCUCCACCCCCUCGGUCGCUGGCAUCAUCUACACUUUUGGUGGUCAGUUCGUCAGCAAGAUGUACUGGGGCACUAGCGAGACCCUCCUGCCCGUCUACCAGGAGGUUCCCAAGGCUGUUGCCAAGCACCCCGAUGUUGACGUCGUUGUCAACUUUGCCUCUUCCCGCAGUGUCUACAGCUCCACCAUGGAGUUGAUGGAGUACCCUCAGAUCAAGACCAUUGCUAUUAUUGCUGAGGGUGUUCCCGAGCGCCGCGCUCGCGAGAUUGCCUACGUUGCCAAGCAGAAGGGCAUCACCAUCAUUGGCCCUGCCACCGUCGGUGGUAUCAAGCCCGGCUGCUUCAAGAUCGGUAACACUGGUGGUAUGAUGGACAACAUUGUUGCUUCCAAGCUCUACCGCAAGGGCUCUGUCGGCUAUGUCUCCAAGUCCGGUGGCAUGUCCAACGAGCUCAACAACAUUAUCUCCCAGACUACGGAUGGUGUUUACGAGGGUGUUGCCAUUGGUGGUGACCGUUACCCCGGCACCACCUUCAUCGACCAUCUCCUGCGUUACCAGGCCGAUCCUGCCUGCAAGAUCCUCGUCUUGCUCGGUGAAGUCGGUGGUGUUGAGGAAUACAAGGUGAUUGACGCUGUCAAGCAGGGCAUCAUCACCAAGCCCAUCGUUGCUUGGGCCAUUGGUACUUGCGCCAGCAUGUUCAAGACUGAGGUUCAGUUCGGUCACGCUGGUGCCUUCGCCAACUCUCAGCUCGAGACUGCGGCCACCAAGAACAAGAGCAUGCGUGAGGCUGGUUUCUAUGUUCCCGACACUUUCGAGGACAUGCCUGCUCUCCUCAAGCAAGUCUAUGACAAGCUUGUGGCUGAUGGCACCAUUGUCCCCGCCCCCGAGCCUGUUGUCCCCAAGAUCCCCAUCGACUACUCGUGGGCUCAGGAGCUUGGCCUUAUUCGUAAGCCUGCUGCCUUCAUUUCUACCAUUUCCGACGACCGUGGCCAGGAGCUCCUUUAUGCUGGCAUGCCCAUCUCGGACGUUUUCAGGGAGGAGAUUGGUAUCGGCGGUGUCAUGUCCCUUCUCUGGUUCCGCCGCCGUCUUCCCGAUUACGCCGCCAAGUUCCUUGAGAUGGUUCUCAUGCUUACUGCCGAUCACGGUCCCGCCGUGUCUGGUGCCAUGAACACCAUUAUUACCACCCGUGCCGGCAAGGAUCUCAUCAGCUCCUUGGUCGCUGGUCUCUUGACUAUUGGCUCCCGUUUCGGUGGUGCCCUUGAUGGUGCUGCUGAGGAGUUCACCAAGGCUUUUGACAAGGGCCUGAGCCCCCGUGAGUUUGUCGACACCAUGCGCAAGCAGAACAAGCUCAUCCCCGGUAUUGGUCACCGUGUCAAGUCUCGCAACAACCCCGAUCUCCGUGUCGAGCUUGUUAAGGAGUACGUCAAGGCCAAGUUCCCCUCUACCAAGCUUCUCGACUACGCCCUCGCCGUCGAGAGUGUUACUACCUCCAAGAAGGACAAUCUUAUUCUCAACGUCGACGGCUGCAUUGCUGUCUGCUUCGUUGAUCUCCUAAGGAACUGCGGUGCUUUCAGCCCUGAGGAGGCUGAGGACUACCUCUCUAUGGGCGUUCUCAACGGUCUGUUCGUGCUUGGUCGUUCCAUUGGUCUCAUUGCCCAUUACCUCGACCAGAAGAGACUUCGCACUGGCCUCUACCGUCAUCCUUGGGAUGAUAUCACUUACCUCCUCCCCAGCCUCCAGCAGCCCGGCCCUCCGGGUACUGAGGGUCGUGUUGAGGUCCAAAUUUAAAAGCGAAUUAUAUAGGGAUUUGGGAUGGUUAGACAUGGGAUCUUUUACUUUACGGAGCGGUUACGGUCAUGAAUGUUUUCAUUUUUUUUCUUCGGCAGGUGGUAGAGGGUCAUCAAUGAAGGG